AUGCCGAUCUUCGUGAGCGCCCAUAGUCUGCGUGCGAUCAACAAAUACUAUGCCCACCAAGAACACAGUGGCCUGGACAAUCUGUGCCAAUUGACUAAUCAUCUGCACACUUUUAUCUUUGCUAAGCUAAAUUAUAUGGUUUUUGCUCUAUAUUUCGCUACGAUAGGACGUAGUGCCUCCCCCGCUGGAGUUUCCCAGUCUUCAUAUGGCAGUUUGGAAUCAACUGAAGAUAUACACAUUCGCGUCGACGAGGAUUGCGGAGUCAGCGAAUCCACUCCCUUGCUGGCGGCUACUCAGAGGUCCAACAAGUCGCCCACAUCCUCCGCAGCCUUCUCAUCCUCGCCCUGCCCCGGAAACCCGAUCCUCACGAAAGACUGCUUAAAUUGGCAAUCUGUGGUGUUCCUGGUCAUGUGCGCGGCCGCCCUGGGAUUGGCCGUGUAUUUACUCUGGAGAGAAACCCAAAUGCCGGACUUUGGAUAUCGGCUCAGUCUCAUUGAGCAUGAUAUAUGGUCGGAAAUGGAUCUUCAGGGUCAGGGAACUCCAUUGGAUCCGCUCAAGGCCGUGUUAUUUACCCACACGGAGAGUGAGGAAUGCAAUGAGGAUUGCCCGGAGGUAUUACGCAAGCUGCAGAGUUCCUCUUUGGAGGAACUACCAUACAACUUCCUGGUCACCGGCGACUGUCAGGUAUUCAAGGUAUAUGGUUGGGAGUAUGAGAGCAAUUUCUUGAAGGAUCUGUCGGGAAAUAGUUCCCUGGUUAUUGCCUUCGUGGGAAACUUCAGUCGGAAUCCGCCCAAGGAUUGCCAAUUGAAGGCGGCCCAGGCUCUGAUCCUCGAAUCCGUAAAACGCAAGAAACUGCAACCGGAGUACAAACUAUUUGUUCUGGCCAACAAUGCGGAGGCACUGCAGCGGGAGCUAAUGCACUGGCCACGCUACACCAGCCCUCGUAGGAUGAAGUGAAUCAAGCCAAUGGUUCCAAAUAAUUCCUCUCGUUUAUUGUACGCCAAACACAAACAGUAUACAAAGAAGCGCAGGAUGAGUAAAGCGGGUGCCACCGAUAAGCGAAGCGGGGAUCCCCGGGAUCGGAUCUGGCCGGGAUCGGGGGACCGGCAAAGCGUUGCGCAUUGGGUUAACGGAUGAUGCCUAGGACUAAGGACUUAAAACUAGAACUAGAACUGGAUCGGCUA